AAAAAAAAAAAGAAAAAGAGAGAGACUUCGUUAUUUGUCUUUUUUUCUCCGCCUUGAACACUUCUAUAACACUUUUUUGAUCACUGUUAAACUUACCCUGACGGUUGGGUACCAUUUCAUGUCAUGCAUCAGCAGCAUCUUCAUUCUCGACAAAGAGUGCGAAUGCAAAGUGCCGAUGGUUAUGUGGCGAAUUCAAAAACAGCACGGACGUCAUCGUUACCGGCAGAAUCGAGAAGACCCUCUUACAGCAGUCCAACCAGCAAUUCCUUCCAAGUAUUAGAUGAUACCCCACCAUCGUCACCAUCCAUCCCAUCGUCGCAAAAGAAAAAGAAGAAGAAGAAAUCGCCUACCGUUGUACUUUCAACCUCGCCCCAGUUGGUGCCUACGGGCGACCAUGCAUCGCCUGUGGAUGCCGAUAACCAAGUGCCAACGGACCUGCAUCAUUCGAAUAAAGUAUACCCCGCAUCAUGUCCCACCAGUCCUUUGGCCACCGCCGAUGGCUACAGUGGCGCAAGAAAAGAGAGUAACCACACCAACAACUACGACACCCAUUCUGGGAAAUUAUCAAUCUCCUUUUGGGAUUAUCUGCGUGAUGAAUUAACCGUGUCCGACUUUGACAGCGCCCAAGAGUUGAAGCGCGAACGAGUCACCAACUUUUUGGCCGUGCCGGGGGCAGUAGAAAAGCUGAUGGUAUUUGGAUUUGUUGUCUGCCUCGAUUCGUUCCUCUACACCUUUACCAUUCUUCCGCUACGAUUCUGCUUGGCUCUGUAUAACUAUUCUCGAUAUAUUGUGGACAAUACAAAAGUAUUCUUCACGAGGCAAGGAAGAUAUGCUCGUCUGCGGCCGUCACAAAAAUGCGACUUGCUGAAAGGCUUCCUUAUCAUGAUUACUUGCUUAGCUAUGUGGUCAUUAGAUCCAUCAAGACUGUAUCAUUCCAUUCGCGGUCAAGCCGUGCUGAAACUGUACGUUGUAUUCAAUGUGCUGGAAAUCUGCGACAAAUUAUGUUGUUCCGUUGGCGUGGAUAUUCUCGAUGCAUUAUUUUCAAAAUCGACUCUUGGCAACGCGGAGCAAGGAACAGGCACGACCACUUAUGCAAGACGGCACUUGCGACCAUUUACAUUGUUUCUGCUAGCCACCGGGUAUAUGGUGAUUCACACUACGGUACUCUUCUUUCAAAUGAUCACGAUGAAUGUGGCCAUCAAUUUUUACUCGAAUGCCUUGCUCUCGUUGCUUAUUUCCAACCAAUUUGUCGAGAUCAAGCAAGCGGUAUUUAAGAAAUUCGAAAAGGAGAAUUUAUUCCAACUUAGUUGUAGCGAUAUUGUGGAGCGAUAUCAACAGUUUGCAUUCUUGGUCAUCAUUACCUUGCGAAACGUUGUUGAAUUAUCGGAUUCGUCGCCGUCGUCUAUUUUACCUUCGACCUUUGUACCUUUGUUCAAGUUACCUGCCACUACAUCGUUCAAUGCUCUUAUGACGCCGGUCGUCAUGGUUAUUGCGUCGGAACUCAUGGUAGAUUGGGUGAAACAUGCUUUUAUUACCAAAUUCAAUCAAAUUCGCCCCAGCAUCUACGGCAAAUACGUGGACCUGUUAUGCAAAGAUUUGGUGGUUGGAAGUCCCGGACGAUUGAGCGGCCAGCGAAAUGCUUUCAUUGAUCAAUCACCGGUGGUAUCGCGCAGAAUUGGAUUCCCAGUGCUGCCUUUGGCAUGCUUGCAUGUCCGUAUGAUGCAGCAGCUGUUGCCCAUGAUUUUCAUGUCUUAUGGAGGUGGUGGACAAACGACGCAUCAGGCAUCGCCAACGUCUUCGAUGAUGACUCAAAGCUUACUUCGUUAUUUGAUGGAUCAUCAAGCGUUUGUCAGUCGAAUGUUACCAGCCCGGAUUCACUUGAUUGUUCUGUCCAUGGUGAAAUGCGGUUGGAUCGAAAGUGUGGUGGAUCGUGGAUUACGGCUGCUCACGUGGAUAUUGUUGGUGACGGUAUUGGCGUUAAUUCUUUUGGCACUCAAAGUAUUGGUGGGGACCACAUUGCUUGGUUUUGCGUACAAGCGGUACGCCAGUAUGGAAGCUCGGGAUGACAUUGAAAAAGAAAAAGAUAAAGCUAUGAAGGAAAUGGGAAAGGAAGAAGAGGCGUAUCAUAAAGGACUGAAGCAUUAUCUGGAUGAUCCAUCGGAUAAUAUUCUGGGCAAAAUGCCUGUCAAGUACACAUUGGAAAAUGUGGAUCGUUUUUCCAUGGUUAGAAGUAGAAUUCCGUAAUUGUUCAUAAUCCUACCAUUCAUCUGUAUCAUGCCCCACUAUAGAACAAAUAACUUUUAACGUUCAAAACAAGAAUAGUACACGCUUUUACCAAUAUUUUGAUCUCACAGUUGGGAGUGGGAAGCAAAUU